CUUCCCAACUCCACAAACGUCCUCUCCAACAAUACCUUAUUGAACCACUCACUAUAUAUCCCCCGAGUCCCGAGUUUCUCUAAACAAUUAUUUUUUGUGUUACUAUUUAAUACGCCCGUUCGAUUUCCAAACGUCGCUCCCUAGUCUCUCUCUACCCUCACUCUUGAAGGUGCAAUCUCGCCUGCUAAUAACCUCAACCCGCCACCACCACUGCAUUCUGGAUUUGCCACCAUCCGAUCUGAUUACCCUUCUUCAACUUGUUCGCUUUCUGGUCGAUUAUCGCCAGCCGUUGCAGUUUAAUAAAGAUUCGAGGGCAUUAUUCUUCAAAGGAGCCAACUGAUCUGAACGAGCGGGUCGUUUCAGCGGCGACAGUUCGGCUCUCACUCUCAUCAAGCGCUGCUUGCUGGUUUUUGAGAACAGCGCAGCCGAAACCAGAACCGUUUGCGAGGCAGUAAAGCGACUCCUGGUUCAGACAUCACUGCUUUAGUAUCUUGUCGCCCUCUAAUCAAUUCUACAAGUCCUCCACCUGGACCGUACGGCGACUCGUGCACAGUCCACCACCAACGUCCGUGGACCUGAUAGACGCCGUUGUUAUCAGUUUCUGCCACCCACCUUUCAGACAUUACUUGUCAUCCGGUUACUCUUUGGUCUUCCGUCAUAGAUCGCAAUCUACCGUUUCUAAAGGCAGACCUGCUCGGACAGAGAUAGCCUUCGUCCGCGCGUUGUUCGGCGCAACAGUUGCUACACUACUCUACCUUUCCCAACCCUUCCUGGCAAUGAAUCUCUCGAAUCUGGUGCACGGGAGGAAGGUGAGACAACCGAUGGCUGUGGAUUAUCUCUCAGAGGAGCAAUUUGAGCAGCAAAGGUUCCAGGCACAGAAGUAUCCAGAGUACUACGACGGCAGCUUCGCAGGAUCAUACGCACAACCAGCACAGUUAUACUCAUACGUCCAAGUCCCUCAACCGCCGCCGUCUCCUCCGAUGGAGGAAAUCGCAAAAUGCUCUCUCCCUUCAAUAUCAAGCCUUCUUGGAAUCGCAGACAACAAUCCCUCUCAGCAACAAGAACAGUCUCGUCCAAUGUCCCAACAUACGUCCGAUAGUCGUAAGAACUCCGCACACUACACAUCAUCCAGCGCAGCGACGACGCCGCGACAGUCGCUCCCACUUACUCCACCCACGCACCCUGACUCGGCGCCCGAAAGCCGCCAUUCCCCGUCCUCAUCCAUCUCAUCCACCUCGCAAUACAGCUGUGCGUCGACACCCGCAGCGUACAGCUUUCAACCCGGACCCGCUGGCAACGUAGGAUUUAACCCAGAGCGAGAGGGGUUUUCAGGCGCAGAACCGCGGAGAGCUUCCGUGCCUAUGUCGCAGCCGCAGUAUGGUAUUCAAUCUUCGUACCCUAUGGCACCAGCACAGCAAAUGAACGGUUACUAUCCUCCUCCUAUGUCUGGAAAUGCUCCUCUUCCAAAUGGAGUAUACUAUCAACAACGGCCACUUCUCAACUACACAACCCCCCCCUCCACAAACCCCUGGCAACACCACCACUACAUCGCCCCCUCCUCCUCCUGCUUCCCUCUCCCGCAAGACCGCUACAUCUGCCCAACCUGCAACAAAGCCUUCUCGCGCCCCUCCAGCCUCAAGAUCCACAGCCACAGCCACACGGGCGAGAAGCCCUUCCGCUGUCCCGUCCGCGGAUGUGGCAAGAAGUUUAGCGUGCGGAGUAACAUGAAGCGCCACGAGCGGGGGUGCCAUGGCGGUGGUAUUUGCUGAUGGCUGAUGGCUGAGACAUGCGACGGAGACGGGAAUGGGGGGAUGCGAAGCGAUCAAUCAUCUUUUUCUAUCUAUCUGACAUAUUAUUGUUAUUCGGAACGGCGAAACGGGGGCUUGGGCAGGGGGGAGGCGUUUGAGAAGUGGGUCGCACUGUUGGAUUGAACUUUUUGGGGAAGAAGCGGUGUUUCUGUUGAAAAACGGGGCGAAGAUGAUAUAACUGCAAAGAAAUUGGGAGUUUUACUUGAUGGCGAAAGAAUGGGCUAUUACGGUGGGGGGGUUAUUUUUAGUGACUACGAACGAACGAGACUUUGGGUUUUUCUCACGAGAAAGCGUUCAUACGAUAACGAGCGCCCAGGGCGGCAUUUUUCUCUCGAUUCAGCGAUGUGACGAGCAACAGAUACAGAUACACACGGGGGGGCUCAAGGGGUAGCUACCAAAGCAACACAACACACAAAAUUUAAUCACUCACAAG